AUGGAAAAUAAUAAUAUAAAUUUAAAUUCAAAUAAAGAAAAAAAUCUCAAUAUAUCAUCUACAUAUAAGAAAUGUUUUAAUAAAGAUGAUAAUGUACAUAACAUUUCUGACAAUUUCAAGGAUGAUAAUAAAUCUGUUAAUCUUUUUCUCAGAAAAAAUGAACAACAUGUUGAUUGUCCUGAAAUUAUUUUAGAUAUAGAAAACAUCGAACAUACAGAUGAUAAAAAAGGAAAAUUAUGUAUAGACUCUUCUCAUAAGAAACCUGACGAGAAUAUAAAAAAAGAGCAUCAAAAUAAUGAACAUGAUAUGCUAGAAAAAAUACAUAAAGGCAAUCAUAUAGAUAAUAUAUUUAGUGAUAAUAAAAAUGAAAUUAAUUUUAUAUCAGAAGAAAAUAAAAAAAAAAAUAUAUAUGAACAGGAUACUACUUAUGGUGAUGAAUAUCUUAUGAGUACUGAACAUAAUGAUGCUCAUAUAAAUAAUGAUAAAGACAAAAUUUGCACAUGUAAUGAACAUAAUGAUGCUCAUAUAAAUAAUGAUAAAGAGAAAAAUUUUACAUGUUAUGAACAUAAUGGUGCUCAUAUAAAUAAUGAUAAAGAGAAAAAUUUUACAUGUUAUGAACAUAAUGAAGAAAAAAUAAUAAUACAAAAAAAUGUAGAAGUUUCUGAUAAGAAAAAAAAUUUUAAUACUACAGAUAAGGAAUAUAUUAAUAAAAUAAAUAAUAAAAAUUGUAAUAUUCAGGAUAAUCAUCAUGAUGUAUCUCAUGAAAAAAAUAUGUUGAUCAACGAAAACGUAAGGAAUAUCAAUGACACAUUCUCCAAAACUAUAAAUAGUAAAUUUCCCAAGGAGGAAAAAAGAAAUGAAAUAAAAAAAAAAAAUGGUAACAACCAAAAGACCAUUAUUAAUGAUGAUGUGGUGUAUGACAUAAAUGAGGAACAUACAAGUGCUGAUGAGAAGAUUGAAAAAUUAAGAAAUGAUGACAUAUUAAAAAGUGGGGACAUAUUAAAAAAUAAUAAGAUUCUAUCGUGUGAAGAAGAAGGAGAAGAAGAAAAAAACGAACUUUCCUUAGAAGAAAUAUUAUACGAAACAACAGAAAGAUCAAAAAGUUAUAAUCGAAAAAAUUAUGGACUUUUAGGUAUAUUAAAGGUUAUAAAAAUGACAGAUCCUAAUUUAAAUAUAUUAGCUAUAGGUUCUGAUUUAACAACACUAGGAUUAAAUUUGAAUUCCCCUAAUUAUAUUUGUACAUCUGUUUCUUCACCCUUUUCUGAGAAUCCUAUAGAAAAUGAAGAAGAUUUUAUUAAACCUGUAUCCUAUUUAAAUACAAAAUUUCAAAUACGAUUAUCUUUAUUAUUAAAAUUACAAACGGAGACUUUGUUUUAUAUUUUUUAUAAUUUACCAAGAGAUGUAUUACAAGCAUAUGCAGCAUCAGAACUUUAUAUAAGAAAAUGGAUAUAUCAUAUUAUAUAUAAAAAAUGGUUUACACCUAACAAUGCUACAAGUACAAUCAAUCUAGAAAAAUGUGCUUCAUGGAUAUAUUUCGAUCCUUUAACAUGGUCAAAAAAAACAUAUAAUAAUUACUUGAAUGUGAAAGAUGAUAUAAUGAAUGUAGAGGAUGUUACCAAAUGUAUUGAGCAAAUAAUUAAAUUACAGUCUUAUUACAACAUACAUCAGCAAAACAUUUAA